ACUUACAGCUGUAUUCUUUUUAUUAAACAAACAGUAACAACCACAGAGGAAAUUAACCGUCUAAAGUGUUUGGUUUGUUGCCAUCGCUGGCCCGAGUCGUGGUUUCUCUGCUACCAGACAAGCUGUUUUCCAGCAUUAGGUUCUAACUCUGCCACAGCUCUGAGAAAAACUGGACUGAUUGUUGGGGUAAUCUUGAGAUACGGCACUCCUUCUUCCAGCGGCCGUGAUAAACCCCUGAGCUGCUCGCAGGAGGACAGGCCAUUCACAACCCUUCUGGUCAACGUCAGUGGCAAGUUCUUCGAAUAUACACUCAAAGGUGAAAUAAGCCCUGGGAAGAUUCACAACGUGGAGCAAAAUGACAUGUUGCGAAAGGUUACAUUUGACCCAGAAGUUUUUUUCAACAUUCUGUUGCCUCCUAUUAUUUUUCAUGCUGGUUAUAGCCUGAAGAAGAGACACUUUUUCAGGAAUUUGGGGUCGAUUUUGGCCUACGCCUUUUUAGGAACAGCAGUCUCCUGUUUUAUCAUUGGGAAUCUCAUGUAUGGGGUUGUGAAACUAAUGAAGUUGGUGGGACAGCUGUCUGAUAAAUUCUAUUAUACAGAUUGCCUCCUCUUUGGAGCGAUAAUAUCUGCCACUGAUCCAGUUACCGUGCUAGCAAUAUUUAAUGAGCUGCAUGCUGAUGUUGAUCUCUAUGCUCUUCUGUUUGGGGAGAGUGUGCUGAAUGAUGCUGUUGCCAUUGUAUUAUCUUCGUCCAUAGUUGCCUACCAGCCAACAGGUGAAAACACCCACGCUUUUGAUGCAGCAGCAUUUUUCAAGUCAGUUGGUGUUUUCCUGGGAAUAUUCAGUGGUUCUUUCAUGAUGGGAGCAGUGACAGGAGUAGUCACAGCUCUGGUGACGAAGUUUACCAAGUUACACUGCUUCCCUCUGCUGGAAACGGCUCUCUUCUUCUUAAUGUCUUGGAGCACUUUCUUGCUAGCAGAAGCCUGUGGAUUUACUGGUGUAGUGGCUGUCCUGUUCUGUGGAAUUACUCAGGCACAUUACACGUAUAAUAACUUGUCAGUUGAAUCAAGAAGUCGCACUAAGCAGCUAUUUGAAGUAUUGCAUUUCCUGGCUGAGAACUUCAUCUUUUCUUACAUGGGUUUGGCACUGUUUACUUUCCAGAAACAUAUAUUCAGUCCAGUUUUCAUCAUUGGAGCUUUUAUUGCAAUCUUUUUGGGCAGAGCUGCACACAUCUACCCCCUCUCCUUCUUGCUGAAUCUGGGCAGAAGGCAUAAGAUCAGCUGGAAUUUUCAACACAUGAUGAUGUUUUCAGGUCUCAGGGGAGCUAUGGCCUUUGCUCUGGCCAUACGAGAUACUGCUACCUAUGCUCAUCAGAUGAUGUUCUCAACAACUCUCCUCAUUGUCUUCUUCACUGUGUGGAUUGUUGGUGGAGGCACAACUCCCAUGCUGUCAUGGCUGAACAUCAGAGUUGGUGACCAUGUUCCAUCGGUGGAAGAGAUGAGUGAAAGCCGCUGGCUGUAUUUCAGGGUUGGGGUUGACCCAGAUCAGGACCCUCCACCUACUAAUGACAACUUCCAAGUCUUACAAGGAGAUGGUCCAGAUUCUGAAAGAAGGAACAGAACAAAGCAGGAAAGUGCGUGGCUCUUCAGGCUAUGGUACAGCUUCGACCAUAAUUAUUUAAAACCAAUUCUCACUCACAGUGGCCCUCCAUUGACCACAACUCUGCCCAGCUGGUGUGGCCUCAUAGCCCGCUGCUUGACAAGUCCCCAGGUUUAUGAUGUAAGUAAAAUAACUCAAUACUUCUGUGUUUUGUUUUCUUGAUGUAUAUGACUUCAG